UGGCCAGACUGUGAAGCUGUGUAGCAGACAGUUCUUUGUGCUCUUCGGCAGACAUAUUAUCGCGCCUACAUCUCCUGCAGUAACCUGACUGUAGCAGACACUGCACUGCCCCACAAAGGAUCUGCUGCAGGAAUUGUUUACGUCCUGCAGAGCAGACAUAUGGGGAGAAGCUGCCUUCACUAAAGGUGCUAGCCCCUCCUCCUAUGCUGCUGCUGUAUUCUAGGGUGUCAUCAUUUGACUCUAUUUCCCAAUAUGCUCAGGGAGGAGGAUCCACCUCUAGCACCAGCUGACUCUGCUGGAGGAAGUAGUGGUUGUGAGAGGAGUAAUGUCUCUGUCUGGUUACAGGUCAGCUGACUACAGAUCGCCCCGUGUUCCCAUAGUACCUACCCGGCAGGCACACUUCCACUUGUUCAAUGCCCUGUAGUCUGUCCCUGGGCUGCAGAGACUGAGCCACCUGCUAAGAAGUUGGUGGUUAUAAAGUUUGUUUCCAGGUUUUUUUUUUUUAUGAAGUUGAUUUGAUUUAUAAAGCAAAAAUGACUCCAGAACAGAAGAAGUUUUUGAACAUUUUCAUCCUGGGCAUCGCCUUCAUGUUUAUGUUUACUGCCUUUCAGACAUGUGGCAAUGUAGCGCAAACGGUGAUCGCCAGCUUGAACAGCACAGAAUUUCAUGGAAGUGGUUAUACAAGCAUGGCUAUCAUAUAUGGAGUGUUUUCAGCCUCCAAUCUUAUAGCUCCUUCUGUGGUUGCAUUGAUUGGUUGUCAGCUGUCCAUGUUCUUUAGUGGAAUAUUUUAUAGCGCCUAUAUAGCAAUGUUUAUACAGCCAUUCACAUGGUCGUUUUACACUUUAUCAGUUUUAAUCGGGAUCGCAGCUGCAGUGCUCUGGACUGCUCAAGGUACCUGUCUGACUCUGAAUUCUGAUGACAAGACCAUUGGGAGGAACAGUGGUAUAUUCUGGGCGCUGCUACAGUUCAGUAUGCUCUUUGGAAAUCUCUACAUCUAUGUGGCAUGGAAAGGAGAAGCCAGCAUAUCGGAAAGAGAUCGCAGGACAGUGUUCAUAGCGCUCACAGUCAUCAGCUUGGUUGGGACAGUCCUGUUUUUUCUCAUCAGGACUCCGACCUCAAACAUUUCACAGCUAAACGAGGAGGAGGAUGCAAGUUCUGAUAUUCUGGAAGAGAACCUGUUUUCACAAAGCAAAGGUUCUAAAGCUGUGGAAGCCUUUGUAAAAUCUUUGAAGUUGUCGAUCACAAAAGAAAUGCUACUGCUGAGUGUAUCCAUGGCAUAUACAGGUUUUGAGCUCACCUUUUACUCCGGCGUGUUUGGCACAUGUAUAGGGUCUAUAAACUCGUUUGGAGCAGAUGCUAAAAGCCUAAUUGGACUUUCUGGAAUAUUUGUUGGACUUGGAGAAGUUUUAGGUGGAGCUGUCUUUGGAUUGCUCAGCAAGAACAGUCGAUUUGGCAGAAAUCCAGUGUUCCUUCUGGGGCUUGUAGUUCAUUUCCUGGCUUUCUACCUGAUAUUCCUCAGUGUUCCAAAUGAUGCACCCAUUGCCUCAGGUGAUGGAACCUACAGUCGGGCAUUCAUAGAUCCUAGCAAAGUCCUGGCACUUUUCUGCAGCUUUCUGCUGGGUCUAGGAGAUAGCUGUUUCAAUACUCAACUCCUCAGCAUUUUAGGGACCCUAUAUUCAGAUGACAGCGCUCCUGCUUUUGCAAUCUUCAGAUUUGUGCAGUCCAUCUGUGCAGCUGUCGCAUUCUUUUACAGUAACUACCUCCUCCUGCAGUGGCAGCUGUUAAUCAUGGUGCUAUUUGGAUUAUUUGGAACCAUCUCCUUUUUCUUUGUGGAAUGGGGAGUGGUCAGUUUGGAUCCACAAGAGACUCGCUAUGGCAGCAUUUGAUGUUGUCCUUCUGUUCCACAGCUUGCUGCUCACAGGGCACCAGAUUCAGCAUUUGUCUGGCACCAGAAAGGAUAAGUAAGGGACAACGAGAUCUGCGCUGGCCGCAGGGCAUUCCCCAGACCCAGUCUGUUGACUUUAAAAUUCAGGACAACUAUGAUGUGACCAUAAUGCACUUUGUCUCAAGUGACUUUUGGGAGAAAAAUAAAACAAAAACACGUGGCAGGGGUUGUUAAACAUUGCCAGUGUAAUAGCUGCUAAACUCCUCGGGCUGCUGUCUUACUAGCUUAUUACAGUUGCAUGCCAAUUAGGAGAGGAUUGAUUACAUUCCCCUGACUGCAAUGAACUUCUUCAGAUGUAACACUCCCAAACCUUAAAUAAUGUGACAUUUUUAAAAUGUGUUUCUUUCUUUCAGAAAAUAUACUUCCUUUCAGGGUUACUAGUUGAACCUAUGCCGUAGCAAGGCUGAAGCAGAAGUCACUGGUUAAAUGUUUUACAGUUUCUGUUCAUAUUCAUAGUGAUUUUAAUCUGAUUUUAUUAGUGCCAAAUGAGCCGUGACACACACACACUCCCUGUAUAAACUUUACUCUUGUUUAGUAUUUUAGAACUGCUGGUUGGGUGUUUUUUGUGUUUUAUGGUAUGUGUUUCAUAAUUUGCACUAGUGAGAUGAUGUUCCCUUCAGAGUAGCGGUGUAUAAUUCUAGGAUAUGCGAUGGUCAGCGGGUGCAUUAGUCUCUUGUGUUACAGCAUGGAAGUCUUUGAUUUUCUUGUUUGAAGAGCAUUCAAAGGGUCCCUGUAGGUUUCACAAACAAGUGACAAACAUUUAGCACUCAUUCAUCUGCUGGGUCAACUCUGUGCAUUCUUGCUGUACUGUAUGUCAUGCUUUUUGACACUAAUACCAGAGCCAUAACACUACUUAUCUGAUAACUGUGCCAUAGGCAUUUCUAGAAAGCUGUGUGUCCCCUUUGGAGAAAAAUAUCAUGCAGAAUUUAUCCAUCUGGUCUCUGGGAUAGAAAAGUUAUAGUUUGGUAAUAACAAUUUCAUUUGUACAUUGUCAAAGACAUCAGGUGUAAACAAAGUAUGCUAUUAGUCCACUUUAAUUCAAGGUUUCCUUUCUGUACUAUGGCACUCAUUCCGAGUUGUUCGCUCACUAGCUGCUUUUAGCAGCCGUACAAACGCUAAGCUGCCGCCCUCUGGGAGUGUAUCUUAGCAGAAGUGCGAACGAAAGGUUUGCAGCACUGCUGCAAAAAAAGAUUGUGCAGUUUCUGAGCAGCUCGAGACCUACUCCUAGCUUGCGAUCACUUCAGGCUGUUUAGUUCCUGUUCUGACGUCACGAACACGCCCUGCGUUCGGCCAGCCACACCUGCGUUUCCCCAGGCACGACUGCGUUUGUAUGUGUCACACCUGCGUUUUUACACACACUCCCCGAAAACGGUCAGUUACCUCUCAAACACCCACUUCCUGUCAAUCACUCUGCGGCCAGCAGUGCGAUUGAAAAGCGUCGCUAGACCUUGUGUGAAACUGCAUCGGCUGUUGUGAAAGUUCGUUGCGCGUGCGCAUUGCGCCGCAUGCGCAGAAUUGCUGUUUUUUUUGCCUGAUCGCUGCGCAGCGACCGAAAACAGCUAGCGAACAACUCGGAACGACCACCUAUGUUUCCGGGGUCUCUCUGUUAGGGUGGUGCAUCUGUUACGAAAUUAUUUGUUACAGACAAGGGGGUUGGUGUUUUGUGGAUUUACAGGUCUCCUUUCUCUUUGCCAUAGUAGAUGGAUAUGUGUGAUGGAAGCACAGCAUUGCUCAGUGUUACUUGAUGCCUUUGGGUUCCAUUAGUGAACAGAGUAUAAUAACAUUUGUGUUUAGCAACACUUAUUUAAAAGUGUUAAGAGUUUGAAUUUAAUUGACAGGAAAUAUACGUGAGACUUGCCAUCA